AUGAUGAUGAUGAACAGCAGGAGCUGUCUCUGUGACUCUGCGAUAAAACCAUGUUCUAGAUUUCUAAUUAGUUUUAGAAGGUCCUCGCUCUUGGGGUUUUCUCCUGCGAGCUCUGGCAAGUUGAUCAAUUCGUCGAAAUUACAGUAUAGGAAGAUUGAAUACAGAAGUAUUAGAUCUGGUAUUCAAUGCCGUCGAAUUGCUCUGGAUCGGAAGGCUUUUUGUGAUUCCGAUUCCAUUAGAGGUAGAGUUAGCAGAGGAAGAGGAAGGGGUGUAUUAGUAAUUCCCCGUGUAGCUUCCGAUUUUAGGAACCAUUCGAAUUCUUCGUCGCUGGAUUCUCAUGUAACUGAUAACAAGAGCUUCGAGAGUCUCUUUGUGAAGCCUCUGGUUUUCAAGGAGCUCGGGAAAACCGAAGAGAUACCGAAAAGGGAAAGUGGUAACGGAAGAGAAGAUGCUAAAUUUGGAAAUGUGGGUGUGAGAAGCGAAACAGAACAGAGCGAGGCUGAGAAAGAGGCGUGGAAGCUGCUUCGUGGUGCGGUGGUGAAUUAUUGCGGGUUUCCGGUGGGGACUGUAGCGGCGAAUGAUCCGGGGGAGAAGCAGACUUUGAACUAUGAUCAGGUCUUUAUUCGUGAUUUUGUUCCUUCGGCGUAUGCCUUCUUGCUUGAUGGAGAUGGGGAGAUUGUGAGAAACUUUCUCCUUCAUACAUUGCAGUUGCAGAGUUGGGAGAAAACAGUGGACUGUCACAGCCCUGGCCCAGGGUUAAUGCCAGCGAGUUUUAAAGUGAAAACUGUGCCACGUGAGGGAAAUGACGGCUCCUUUGAGGAGAUCUUAGAUGCAGAUUUUGGUGAAUCAGCUAUUGGACGUGUUAGCCCUGUCGACUCUGGCUUGUGGUGGAUCAUAUUGCUGAGAGCUUAUGGGAAGCUCACCGGCGAUUACACGUUGCAAGAGAGAAUCGACGUUCAAACAGGGAUCAAACUGAUCCUUAAGCUCUGUCUAGCUGACGGUUUCGACAUGUUCCCGACUCUUCUUGUCACUGACGGAUCAUGCAUGAUUGAUAGAAGAAUGGGCAUUCAUGGGCAUCCACUUGAAAUCCAGGCAUUGUUCUACUCUGCUCUCCGCUGUGCUCGAGAGAUGCUUAUCGUGAAUGACGUAACCAAGAACUUAGUUGCUGCCGUCAACAACCGGCUGAGUGCUUUGUCGUUCCAUAUCAGAGAGUACUAUUGGGUCGAUAUCAAGAAGAUAAACGAGAUCUAUCGUUACAAGACUGAGGAGUAUUCAGCAGAUGCAACCAACAAGUUUAACAUAUAUCCAGAGCAGAUCCCUACUUGGCUUGUCGACUGGAUUCCUGAUAAAGGCGGUUACUUCAUUGGCAAUCUCCAGCCUGCUCACAUGGACUUCAGAUUCUUCACGCUUGGAAACCUCUGGGCUGUAGUUUCGUCUCUGGGAAACCAAGAACAGAACGAAGGAGUCAUGACGUUGAUCGAAGAGAAAUGGGAUGAUCUUGUUGCAAACAUGCCUCUCAAGAUCUGUUUCCCGGCUCUUGAGCAAGACGAAUGGCGAAUAAUCACCGGCUCUGAUCCAAAGAACACGCCUUGGUCAUAUCACAAUGGAGGAUCCUGGCCAACUCUUCUCUGGCAGUUCACAUUGGCUUGUAUUAAGACGGGGAAGCUAGAACUGGCGAGGAAAGCAGUUGCUGUGGCAGAGAAGAGGCUCAAGGAAGAUGAGUGGCCUGAGUAUUAUGACACUAGAAGCGGGAGGUUUGUGGGGAAGCAAUCUAGGCUUUAUCAGACUUGGACUAUUGCAGGUUUCUUGGCUGCUAAGAAACUCAUAGAACAACCUGAGAAAGCAUCACUCUUGUUCUGGCAAGAGGACUAUCAGCUGCUCGAGACUUGUGUUUGUGGCCUCACCAAAAGUAGCGGAAGGAAGAAAAACAAAUGUUCGCGUUUCACACCUCCAAGAUCUUAG